AGAAGUAUUUUUCUACAUUUCUGAUCUUUAAUGUCCCUUCCUUCCCUGUUUCUAGUUCAAAUUCGUAGAGAUUAAUUGCUUUCUGUUUGCUGUUUUUGUUUUCUCUUCUAAUUCUGUGAUUUAUUUCUGUUUUGAUUGAGACAUUUUUUAAGGUUUUCUUUCCUCUCUGAAUUGUGUCCGAUCAGUUAGUGGACUGUAAUGGUUGGUUGCUUUUUACUUGAUUUUGAGAGACUGGCUUUUCGUUGCUUUUGAUGAGAUGGAGUUAAGUUCUACAGAGUAGUACAGAAAUUGAAGUUUUAGGUGAUUGAAUGGUUUGUACGGCUUGGUUACGCUCCUUCUCUUACCAACAUUUUUUUUUCUCUUUUUUUGUUGACUGGUUAAUUAUGUUGAUUAAACAGUCAACAAAAUUGUGAAAUUGUGGGACUUGAUCAAGUGAAGCUUAAUUAUCCUGUUCGCAAGUCAGAUGAGUUGUAGUUUGUGCGUUGAGAUCUCAAACUUUUAGUUUUGUAAAUUUAAUUUAGGGUUUAUAAGGUCUUUAGAUGGCCGCUGGAGCAAUCUUAUUAUUGUCUGUAGUCUGUACUUCGCUUGAAGACUCUGGAGAAGGAGAGGGAAUUUCAUGCUCUGCUUUAGUUAUCUUUGUGAAAGUUUUAUCUUAUUCAAUACUUCUGGUGCAAGCGAUAGCAUUGGUCUCUUGUUAUAUUUGGACAAUCUAGAGAUUAUAGUAUAUAUACGUUGAGAAUCAGUCGUUGAUUGUCAACAUUUCAUUUAUAAGUUAACAGUCUGUCUGGAACUCCUUACACUUUUCUCCCUGGGAUCAAUUUUGCGUUGCUGGAUUUCUCAGCCGCCCACCCAAAAAACAAAAACAAUUGUAUUUGGAAAUUAGUUCCUUCCGACUGUUCCAACUAUUUCUUGGAGAAACUAGUGUUGAGAACUUGAAAAUUUGUCAGGAAUCUCUAGACACGAAAUUUCCAAGUUCUUAAGCUCUACUAGAUUACGCACUUAAGUGGAAGAAUGCAUGCUUGAUGUGAAAAGAUUCAUUUUAAAUACUUUCACAAAUUUUGAAGGAUUCAAACCACAUUAUUGCUCCUUCCCUUACUCUAGAUUAAGGGCUAUAUGAGGAAUUUCUGAUUGUAAAUGGGGAGGAUUUCAAAUCCAUCACCCUAUCCUUUGUCUCCCCUGGGGCUGGAGGGUAGUCAAAUGACUUGAAGUCUUGCAGACUUGCAAAGCUGUUGCAUUCAGAUUAACCUUUAAAACCUUUAAUUUGGUGGUCAAAUGUUUACCAUUUUCCCUUUACCUCUUUGCGUAACCAGUUUAUUAAAUUUAUAUGAUUAUCUCUGCUAUCCCUUUAACUUUAGUGCUAUAUUUUUUAAAUGUCCAAUCAACCAAGUUAAAUGGACUUGCAUUGUGGAGGUGGAAAUUAAUAUAUAGACAUCUAGACUGCUAUAUGGUCUUCAGAGCAACCAUCAGCAGAAGGGUGCCUUCGCUGCAUUUGAACCCACCCCCCCAGUUAAGUAGAAAGAAAAAAAGGAGAAGAAUGGGGUACUGACUUUCUUGACUUUUCAUCCCUAAACCCUUCCAUUGACUGUAUUCUGACUUGAAUCUGAGCUCUAAUUGCUAAAUCAGAAAGCUUUACCUCUCUAACUUGUGACUUGGGUGCAAGCAAGCAGCUGGGGAGCCAAAAUCACUAGGGACUCUUGCAAGAGUGUUUUGUUGGUAAUAUCUCCAACAGGCCAGUCCAACAUUUCCUGCACCAUGGAGCCAAUAAAGGGUAAGUACAGGAGGCCUCGGUAACAGCAUAGAGGUAAUAGAGCUCUUUCCGUACAGUUCUCAGUUCUCUUAGUAUCCUUUCCUCUAAAUUCAAUCUAAAUGAGGUCAUUUUAGCUCCCGGGGGUGAGAAUAGCCAUUAUUUGCUUUUAAGGCUUCGAGCGGUCUUGCCCAUUUUUGACAGUUCACUUAACGCCAACCUGAUUGACUAUCUUGUUUUGAAACCAUUCACUUAUUUCUUUCCUUGCUCUAAUCCGACUUUUCUCAUAAGCUAUGCAGAUGAUGGGGAGAAUCUGUGUUAAGGAAUUUUAUAUUUGUGGAGUUUGGCUAUAUGUACUUUACUCUUGUUCAUUGCUCAUAAAUAAAAUCUCUGUUUUUCAUAAUAAGGAAAAAAAAAUCUGUACCUCUGAUGUUUUGGACUUUACAAACAAUUUUUCGUGUUUAGAAUUGGUGUUUCCUGGCCAUUGAUUGGGAAUUUCUUCUUACCUGGAUAUUUCUCCUUGCUUUGACACUUGUGCUUAGUUUCUCUUUCUAGGGUCGCCACAAAGAAUUUGAUCAUUUACUAAAGGUUUUAGAGGCUGCAUGCUGAGUUCUUGUAACUAAGUCUUGGAUGUCCUUUUUCCUUGAUGAUAGUUAUGAUUAUUAAUUCAACUCAACAACUCAGCCUUAUCCCAACUAAAUGGGGCCGACAAUACUUAUGAUUAUUAUAAUGCUACAUAAUACCAAUUUUUUGACAUUUGGAUUUCUUAUCCUCUGCCUUCGGCAUUUUACACGUGGGAUCUUCUGACAGAAGCUCUUAUUGCAGGUUUUACGGUACAAUUGUUAUAAUUUUUUGGUGGAGGCUGGUUAAAUUAGUUCUUCACAUUCCACAUGGAAGUCCUUUCUUCUAAUGCUUCAUGAUGCUAUGUUUUCGUAGAUCUGUUAUUAUGAGACCAGAACCAAAUGCAGAAGUUUAAUCUUACACCUACUGGAAGUGUUUCAGUUAAUGUUGUCCACCUGCUAGGCGGUUUGAUGUGUCAAACGGAGACUGAUGGAUUGGAUAUCUGCAAUGAUUCAGAGCAUCAAAAAAGUUGAAUAAUCCUUUGCAAGUCAUGUGCUGAUGUGCCACUAGAGCAUAAUUUUCUUCUUUAUUUCCUCUCUAUGCACCUAUCCAUUUAUGAUCCUGCUUUGGAAAAUGAUAUUCUGGAGACGGGAAGACUGGAAGGCGUGCAUGUGACCCAAGAUACCUUAUGAUCCAUUUUUAGUACUAUAUUAGAUUGUUGGGAAUUUCGACUUUAGACAGUUUUUGUGGAGUUGUCAGUGGGAACAGAAAUGAAGAAGUGGUCUGGAGGUGUUCUAAUUGUGUCAUUGUUUGCAUUGCUGGUUCUGAGGUAUGGUGUGAUGAAAAAUACCCUCGGGGAAAGUAUACGUUCCUAUACAUUCUCCACCAAUAGAUCUAAUCCGCUUGAAUGGGUGCAUGGGGUCUCACCUUCUGUUCAAAAUCCAGAGAAUGCCUCCCAAGUAGUUUCUGCUGAUAGGUUUGCUACCAGUCUCUUUCCUUGGGGAAACUUCUCCAGUGAAGAGAAAAGAAGUUUGCAGACAUGGAGCCAUUUGAAUCACUUAAUCAAUUAUACCGAAGGUUUACCUAAUGCAAUGGGCGCCAUCAAAGAAGCUGCAAUGGCAUGGGAUAGCCUUAUGGCUUCCUUUGAAGCGGAAAAACUUGAUUCUAUUAAUGAAACUUCACAUCCAAAGACAAAAGAGAAACAGUGCCCCUAUUUUCUGAACAUAAUGAAUGCCACAGAACCUGGUGAUAGUGGUUAUAAGUUACAGAUUCCUUGUGGCCUGAUUCAGGGUUCUUCCAUUACUAUUAUUGGCACUCCAAUUGGCCUUCUUGGAAAUUUCCGGAUCGACUUAACUGGGGCACCACUUCCAGGGGAGCCAGAGCCUCCCAUUGUAUUGCAUUACAAUGUUCGCCUUCAUGGUGAUAAGAUAACUGAGGAUCCUGUGAUUGUGCAGAACACGUGGACUGUAGCUCAUGACUGGGGUGAAGAAGAGCGCUGUCCUUCUCCUGCUCCCAACAAUAAUAAGAAAGUGGAUGAAUUGGACCUGUGCAAUUCGCAGGUGGGUAAAGAUGAUAAACGGAGGUUCAUGGGUGUUAAACAUUCCAAUGGGUCAAGAGUUCAGGAGGAAUCUAAACCAAGACGUUAUUUUCCUUUCCAGCAAAGACAUCCAUUUGUUGCCACGAUUAGGGUGGGAGUGGAAGGGAUCCAGAUGACAGUUGACGGGAAGCACAUAACAUCCUUCGCUUAUCGUGAAAGUCUGGAACCAUGGCUUGUCAGUGAAUUAAGGAUUUCUGGAGACCUGAAGUUAAUUUCUGUGCUAGCUAGUGGUUUACCGACUUCAGAGGAUUUAGAUCAUAUUGUCGAUUUAGAAGCACUGAAAUCAGCUCCUCUUCCACGCAAAAAAAAAUUGGAUCUCUUUAUUGGUGUCUUCUCUACCGCUAACAAUUUCAAGCGUAGGAUGGCUGUUCGUAGAACGUGGAUGCAGUAUUCUGCAGUGCGGUCAGGAGCUGUUGCUGUGCGCUUUUUUGUUGGUCUGCAUAAAAACCUUAUGGUAAACGAGGAACUCUGGAACGAAGCAAGGACAUAUGGAGAUAUUCAGCUAAUGCCUUUUGUUGACUACUACAGCCUCAUUACCUGGAAAACUGUAGCCAUAUGUAUAUUUGGUACACAGGUUGUUUCGGCAAAAUAUGUUAUGAAAACAGAUGAUGAUGCAUUUGUUCGUGUGGAUGAGGUGCUCACUUCUUUGAAUAAGAUCAAUGUGACCCACGGGUUACUCUAUGGUCUUAUUAAUUCAGACUCCAGACCUCAUCGGAAUUCUGACAGUAAAUGGUAUAUUAGCCUGGAGGAAUGGCCAGAAGAAACUUACCCUCCUUGGGCUCAUGGUCCUGGUUAUGUUGUGUCAAAUGACAUAGCAAAGGCAGUCAACAAGAGGCAUAAAAAUGGGCGGUUGAAGAUGUUCAAGCUGGAGGAUGUGGCGAUGGGGAUCUGGAUUGCAGAGAUGAAGAAGGGGGGGUUGGAUGUUAGGUAUGAGAAAGAGAGGGUUUAUACUGAUGGGUGCAGUCAUGGUUAUGUCGUUGCCCACUACCAAGGUCCUAGGGAUAUGCUCUGUUUGUGGCAAAAGCUGGAAGAGGGGAAAGGCGCCAAAUGCUGUGGUGAUCGAUGAGGGCCUAGGGAGGCACUGUUUGUGGUUAAAAAUGGAAGAGGGGAAGGGGCCUAAAUGCUGUGGUGAUCGAUGAGGGAGCCAGAUAUGAUAACUAGGGCUUUAGGGAUGAGAUCCAGCUCGGGCUACAGCUUUAAGAAUGAGAUCAGAGCUUUGGUAUCCACAAAAGGGGAGAUUUGACAAAGUUGAAUUGUAUAGACGAGCCCUAUUAACCUUGGGAAUUUUAUGCCCUUAUAGCUAGAGUUUUUCUUUUAUUAGUAAUACAUAGGAGUUGAAGUAUACAGUUAACAUAUGUUUUGUUCUUUCAGGGUCGGGGUGGGGGCUGGCGGUUGUGGAGUAUUUAGAGAGGAGGCAGUAUAAAUGGUUCUGAGGAAUCUGUAGCAUUUGUUAGUUGAGAGAACACUCACUUGUAUGACCUCCCAGUAGUACAAAUGUUACUGAGUAAUCUGUAGCAUUUGUAGUUGAGAGAGCACACUCACGUGUAUAUUUUCACAGUACUCAUUGUUUCAUUACUCUAAUAAAAGGUUAAAUGCAUUUUUUUCGGUUUA